CCGCACAUUAGGAGCACAGUCGUCUGAAUCGCUCUUGUGUCUGACCUCGCCCUCACUCUUCCCUUUGCACCCCUUCCCCAGCACUUCUCUAGCACUUCCCAACCGUUUAAGGACAGACGCAACCUAACAGAGUGUGUUUCUUGUUUUUUGUUGGAUGAGCGAAGUUCGAGCGAAGUCCGAAGCAACCAUGAAGCACUGCCAGGACCCGAUGAGCCUCAAGCGAAUACUAACUCCCGAUACUCCCGACAAUCUCGACACUCCUGAAACCCCAGCUCGUAAACAGCACAAAGUGACAGCGCAACACUACAGCCGUUUGCACGCCUUUAGCGCAACAACUAGCACCGCCUCCCAAGACAAGCAAUACGACAACUCUGCGCAGACUGUCAAUGCCGUAAAGUACAGCAACCCUACUCAAACCUACAACGCGACGCUCCCGCCUAUCACCGCCGGCGUAAGCUUAGGUGCUUCAAACAUCGGCCGAAGCCCUUUCAAAAGAGAUAAGAAAUUUAUCGUUGUUAACCCUAGAGACUAUUAUACACCUAGUAACGAGUACAAGCUACUGUGUCGCGAUCUUGACAACCACUUUCACUCGUACCCUUACCCUCCAGCAUACCCUAUACUAUACCAAAAACCAAAGCCUCCGCCACAUCAUAUCUUACGCGAAAAUCCGAACCCGACAUACCCUUUGAAUUACCCUUCAACGUACCCUCGUCCUUGCCUACCUUCAACAGCGCCGACAUGUGCCCUCGAAAUCACUGCCGCCGGGACAUCAUCAGCUCGAAGCCACCACAAGAACUGCAGCCGAAGCCUUCCGCCUUGA